AAUAAAUUUGAAGGUUUUUGAACACACGUGGUAAAUUGAAAUAUCAAGAAUUCUAUUUUCUGUAUUGUAAAUUAUUCAGAAUGUUUAAAAAAUUUACAAAAUAAUAUUGUAACUAUAACGAAUACAAUAUUAUUAUAAAAAUAAAAAUAUUUUAGCAAGUAAUUUUAAAAUAUAGAAAUUAACUAAGAGGUUGUAAUAAGGAAUUAUAAUUAGAACACAGAUAUAAAAUAAGAAAAAAAAAAGGGAAAUAGGCAUGAUGUGCGUAUAGAAUUAUUAUUAUGUUUUUUUUUAAUGUAAUAAACACUAUUAGGCAUCUACAGUUUGUGUUUAUGACUUGAACAACAAGAUCAUAAGAAUCAAGUGGGUGUUUACUAAUUUCCAAAUUGAUAAAUAACUCAAGUGCACAAGCUCUUAAAUUACGGCUAACAUUGUUAUUCUUAUAUAUAGGAUGCACAUUACCAUCUUAGUGAUGAUCAGCAGUCAACGGCUUCAUUAACAUAAUUUUUUAUUCCAAUUUCUAUUAUGAAUUAUAUUCUGUAAGCCGUACAAUAUUGACAUUAUGGGAUUAUAAAUAGCCAUUAAAAGCAGCUUAUUGAGAUAUAAAAGAUAGAGAGAAAGAAAAAGAGAGAUAAUCAAUGGAGACAUAUUACGUUGUUUCUUGUGUUUUAUUGUUUGUUGGAGUAAUUUCAACCCAGCUCAGAGGAACAUCAGCCGCUUGGCAACAAGCCCAUGCAACUUUCUAUGGUGGAAGCGAUGCUUCAGGAACAAUGGGGGGUGCAUGCGGUUAUGGAAACCUGUACACUGAUGGGUAUGGAACAAAGACGGCUGCUCUGAGCACUGCUUUGUUCAACGAUGGAAAAUCAUGCGGUGGGUGCUAUCAGAUAGUGUGUGAUGGGACCAAGGUGCCCCAAUGGUGUCUCAAGGGCACUUCCAUUACCAUCACUGCUACAAACUUCUGUCCACCAAACUAUGCUCAAGCCAGUGACAACGGCGGCUGGUGCAACCCUCCCCGCCCUCAUUUCGACAUGUCUCAGCCUGCAUUCGAGACCAUUGCCAAAUACAGAGCCGGGAUCGUUCCCAUCUUCUAUAGGAAAGUUGGAUGCAAGAAAAGUGGAGGCAUCAGAUUCACCAUUAACGGAAGAGACUACUUUGAAUUAGUGCUCAUAUCCAACGUAGGAGGAACUGGAGAUAUUUCCAACGUAUGGAUCAAAGGCUCUAAAACCAACAAAUGGGAAACCAUGUCCAGAAACUGGGGUUCCAAUUGGCAGAGCCUUAUGUAUCUCAACGGCCAAACCUUGUCAUUUAAGAUUCAAGCCACAAAUGGUAAGACCCGAACCGUUCUCAAUGCAGUGCCUUCUAAUUGGAAGUUCGGCCAGUCUUUCACCACCAAAGUUCAAUUUUAAGCUCAACUACUACAGGACCACCGCCACUAGCUCGCCUCUGCUACUAAUUUAUCUAAACUUUGUAUUAUUCUGUAUUCUAUUUUAUUAUCUUUUCGUUUUCUUGUUUUACUUUUACUCAAGUAAUUAUGUACUGCGCCUUCUUGGCUUGUGGCUCUGCGUUUUUUGCCAGAAAGCCCACCAAGAAAGGCUUAAAAGAAGUUGGACUCAUUUCCAACUCUGAUAGUGAAAAUAUACACAGCACAGAGAGCCAUAGGGCAAUCCAAUUUAUCUCUUUUUAAUAAAUAUAUAAGAAUUACUUCUCAACCAUGAAAUGACUUUAAAUCACCAGGACAUUUUCAAACAAAUUUGCGCUUAAAUCUUAUUUAGAAUAAUAAGAAGAAGAAAACAAAGGUAUGUAUUAGAUUUCCUUAAUUGAAAAUGAGGGAAAUUGCACGUUUGACAUAGAGUGAUGUAAGUUAGGGGCACCAAGUGUCGGUUGUGUGGUAGCCAAAAAGUCUUCUCAUAAUGUGUGGAACUGGAACUGGAACCGGAACUGGAAUUGCAACCGCAACGCUCUUCAACCAUGAAGGCAGGAGCAGAGAUUCAUUCAGCAACUCCAAUGAAGCAUCCACCAAAUGGUCAAAGGGCUUGUUGAUAAUCAAGGACCAGAUAUCAUUAGUAGAAGAAUAGAGGAACACAAGAAACCAUGUCAUCUGCGCAUAACCCGCUGGCGCUCUCUUUUGCGGAAGCGCUCUAGCAUAAAUUGAUCAGUUGCAGCUUGCCUUUGUCCAGCUGCCUCUGUGCCAGUAUCGGCUUGUCUGGGUGCACCACCACCUUCUUCUUGUGAGCUCCUGUCUUUGUAGAGCUCAGGAUGCUCU